UCAAAGCAUCAAAACGCGGCGCUGCAUCUGAAAUCUCCCUGUCGCGGCGUUCGAAGCUGCGCGCCCUCCCACGCCCCUCUCCCCCUUCUCUUGGGUGCCAAGCCUGCUAGCACCAUGUUGUACGAGAUCCUGGAGAUGGGGCGGCGGAAAAAGGCCCCCCCGCGCUACAUCCCAGAUUCCUACAGAGUACUUAACCUCGAGUUCCCAGAAAGGAAUAAGGUGCUAGCUAAAACCGAAGAGGUACAUGCGCCAAAGGAACAGCAGUAUAAGCUGGAGUGCCGUAAUAACCCUCAGCCGAUACACGCAAAAUGCAUAAAGCUCAACACCAAGUUUUUAAAUGUACUGUAUAUGGACACAGACAGCGCAAAAUCAAAGCAGGAACAUUGGUGGCCAAGCAGCGAGCCCUUUGUUGUGCCGUGCCCUAAACCACCUUACGACAAGCAGAGCACUCAAAGAAGUCAUUUCCAGAAGCCAGCCUGUAGAUUGAUUCGGCCCCUUAAGUUUGACAAUAAGCGGCAACCUUCGCGUGGAAUAGUUCCACUCGCAGCUCCUCCGUUGCCGGGCCGCCUUCCGAGAAUUUUCCAAGAGCAGAUCACUUUCAAAUACGACUACAAUGCCAGAGCCACUCCCUGCAUCCCCUAUCAAGGGAAGAAACGCGGCGCUUUUGUGUGGACGAAGAUAAAACCGGAGAAGGGGGAGUCGGUUCCUGAGGGGAUCAGAACCCAGCCGGGCGCUGGGGGACCGGAGAUGCUGGAACAGCCAAAAGCAGAGAAAGGGGACUCAGCGGAAAGCUGCAUGACCUCAGCCGGCCCCCGCCUGCCAGAUUCCCCAGAGACGCCCCCAGACUCCAACCUACGCUUAUCAGAAGCAGAUAGCGGCGCAGGAGCCAAAACAGAUCCCGGAGCCCCGGAGAAAGGACAGGAGGAGGGUUCAGGGAUUUCUCAGGCAGGGGAAGUGGAUGUAAGCCAUCCCUCUGGGGAGAAAAGGCCUCUCAGCCCACCAAAGAUGGGCUACCUUGAGAAACAGCAGGAGGACCCCCCCAUCCAUGAAGCCACACAGUCCCCGGCAGAAAUUCAGAAGGCCUAAGAGGUCCAAGCGCGGGGGCUGGCCUGGUGUAAUUUCAGUAACGCCAAACACAAACUGACACCAGCAAACGGUCUGAGGCGACGCGCUCUCGCCUUUACAUAACAACAGCUGCAACCUGCUUUGAUGCCUCUUGAAAAUGAGAGUCCUAUAUUUAUAUAUAUACAUAAAAUCCUAUGAAACUUUUA